AUGGUAAAAUCGACAUCGUAUCGUGAUGAUGACGAUGAUAAUAGUGACUCAGACGAAGAAGAAUAUGUAGUGGAAAAAGUAUUAGAUAAAAAAAUUGAAAAUGGAAUAACCAAAUAUAAAUUAAAAUGGAAAGAUUAUCCACUAUCUAAAAGCACCUGGGAAUCAGAAAAAAAUCUAAAUUGUCCAGAACUGAUUAAAGAAUAUGAAGAUAGUAUUGCUAAUAAAAAUAAUAAACCAACUGAAUCAUCAAUUGUAUCGACAACUUCAAAAAAAUCGACAAAAAAACGAACGAGAUCUACCUCUAGUUCCAACGACGAAUAUCAUGAUUUUGAUGAUGAAGAUGAUGAAAAAGAAACAGAGUCGAAGGGCACUAGUCGAAAAAGUAAACGUACGAAACAUUCUGUUCAAACAGACGAUGAAUCGAUUCAAAACCGUCGACAUUCUGGUCGUAAAAGUGUUAAAGAAACGAAUUCAAAAAUUUUGCAAAAUUUUGUAAGUUCUGAAGAAGAUGAUAUGGCUGAAGAAUUUCAAAUUAGAAGGUCAAAAAAAACUUCGGGUUCACGGAAGAAAGCAGAAAAAAAAGUCCGUAAUAAUGAUGAUGAUGAUGAUGAUGGUGAAGAUGAUUCUGUUUUGAUUGUUCGAAUUUCACCGUCGCAAUCGAGCUCUGUUAGACCAGGUGACAAUGACGAUAAUGAUGAGAAAAGAAAUGAUGUUCAUAAUGAUCCGUUUAGUAGUGGAAAACAAAAAUUAGAGAAAAUAAUCCGUGUUCGACGUCAAAAUCAAGUUGAUGAUAUACAAUUUCUCGUUAAACUGGAAAAUAUCACAAAACCACGAUGGAUAUUUUCAAGUAUUUUAAAUAAAGCAUAUCCACAAGAUGUGAUAAGUUUUUGGGAAAAAAAGGUCGAAUUUGUCAUGGAUUAA